AUGAAUGCUAACAAGGUAACCACAAAGAACUGGAAAAGUGAAAAGAACAUCAGGUGGGCUCUGAUAUAUUAUGGAAAUGGACAAGGAGAAGGAAUGUUUGACUAUGCCUCAAGCUUUGGGAAUUUGCAUAUUAUGAAGAACAAUGAAGACCAUAAACUAUCAUUAACCUUGGUCGUUUACUUCAUUGUUGUUCGUCAUAUUUUGGUCAUUUUUUUCUUCGCAGUAAUUAUGAAGUUUUUUGUUGAAGUGGUGUAUGAAGUCAUAACCAGACAAAGAAAAGUUGAGCCUCCCUCAACUGUGGAGGCAGGGGAGUGUAAAUCCAUGGUUUAG